AUGCUAAACAGUGGAGGAACAAGUGAUAAUCCGCCGAGAAAUGUCCACAGACAACAGGAUGGAGUCGAGACGAUGAUCGAGUCCUUAUCCCUUAUUGAUGCUGUCAUGCCAGAGGUUGUUUUAUCCCGGCAACAACAAGCCCAUAAUGCUAAAAACGCUGUUGUUAAAACAGAAUCCUCCAAUGGUAACGGCGAAGGAGGAAAUGCAAAUCACACAGAACCAAUGGAUGUUGAUUUGAGGUGGAUUCCUAGCAGCAGAUCAACAAUAUUAAGAGGUCAUGAAUCGGACGUUUUUAUCUGUGCAUGGAAUCCCACAUCAGAUUUACUAGCAUCUGGUUCUAGUGAUUCAACUGCGCGAAUAUGGAUAAUGAAUGAUAAUACUGCAAUGAAUAGUGGAAAUCAGUUGGUUUUAAGGCAUUGCAUACAGAAAGGAGGCACUGAAGUUCCUAGCAACAAAGAUGUCUCUUCUUUAGACUGGAAUUCUGAUGGUACCUUAUUAGCAACAGGUUCUUAUGAUGGAUAUGCAAGGAUAUGGACAACAGAUGGUCGACUUGCUAGUACUCUUGGACAACACAAAGGCCCUAUUUUUGCUUUGAAAUGGAACAAAAAAGGAAAUUAUAUUCUCAGCGCAGGUGUUGAUAAGACAACCAUAAUUUGGGAUGCUAGCACCGGACAGUGUACUCAACAGUUUGCUUUCCAUACAGCCCCUGCUCUUGAUGUGGACUGGCAGACAAACACAAGCUUUGCCUCUUGUUCAACUGAUCAAUGCAUUCAUGUAUGCAAGCUUGGUGUUGAAAAGCCCAUAAAAACAUUUACUGGGCAUACGAAUGAAGUCAAUGCUAUAAAGUGGGAUCCACAAGGAAUAUUGCUAGCUUCCUGUUCUGAUGACAUGUCUCUCAAAAUUUGGAAUAUGAAGCAAGAUACUUGCGUCCAUGAUCUCCAAGCACACAACAAAGAAAUAUACACAAUUAAAUGGAGUCCUACUGGUCCUGGGACUAACAACCCAAAUAUGAAUCUUAUUCUUGCCAGUGCGUCUUUUGAUUCUACUGUUCGCUUAUGGGAUGUAGAACAUGGCUCUUGCCUGUACACAUUGACCAGACAUACAGAACCAAUCUACAGUGUUGCAUUCAGUCCAGAUGGAAAAUAUUUAGCAAGUGGUUCAUUUGACAAAUGUGUUCACAUAUGGUCAACACAGACCGGUCAAAUAAUUCACUGCUACAAAGGAACUGGUGGUAUUUUUGAAGUUUGUUGGAACUCAAGAGGUGACAAAGUUGGUGCUAGUGCUUCUGAUGGAAGUAUUGUUGUCCUUGAUUUGCGAAAGAUGUGAAAGUAUUGAAUUGUAUUACAAUCAAGUCUCAUUGUCAAAGCAUUUUAUAAACUUUUAUGAAAACUAUGAGCUCAUUGUAAAUUGUGUUCAUUUUAAAACAUGUAGCUAAUAUUUAAUUUCUUUACUAAUGCAGAGUGGUUGGAAAAUGUGUGUACCCCUUUUUACUUUCAACAUUAUAUUAAUGUUGUUUUUGUUAUACAUUAUCUUAGAGUCUUAAGAGUCAUACACACUGGUUAAACACCAUUCAUGUCUUAACACAGCUGAAUCGCACACCGUAUUCUUGCAGAUAGUUUACGCCAACACAUCUCAGAACUCUAAAACUCCAUAAAACAUCUGAGAAUGUGACUCAGAAUCUAUGUAACAGCAUGUAUGGUGUUUUCCCGAUUUUUAUAACUCUUAAGAUUUCAAGGUAACUGUGUAUUAUUAACAUUCAACCAUAGCUAAUGUAAUAUUGAAAAUAAAGUGCGCCCACUUUCAAAUUACUCUGUACAGUGUUUUUGAAUUGUAAUUUUCAUAUGAAAUCUUUGCAUUAAAAGAAAAAGGAAGGAAAGAGAAAAGAAAAAGCAUCAAUUCUGAGUUGAAUGUUACUGCAUUAUGAAUAUCUCCUUGGACACUUGAUUAGUUUUCAGAUUUACUUCUAAGAUAUUUUAGAAUUGAAUUUUUAAAUAUAUCAUGUUAAGGAAAGUUGAAAAACUUUAGAAUUAACACAUUUAAAUGAUUUUGAGAUAAAUGACAGUGACCUAUUU